GCACGGGCUGCCGGAUAGCCGUUGAGGCGUAAGGCUGACCAGUUCACUGUAGGGUUUAGUCGUCACAUGGGCGCCCACCCUUGCCUUGAUAGGGCGUCAUUGCUUCUAUGGGCCUGAUGUUGGGUACACGAAAGUGUAAGAACCGGGUUAGAGUGCGAUGCCAGUGACCCACCUGGGAAGCUUGGGACGGGAAAAACUCUUGACUGCAUAUGUGCACAGGAUAACACGGCUUGGCUAUUUCGUUGGUUGCGGGCAGACAAGCAUAUAUACUUCCCUCGGGCCCCCGUGUAGGUUCCAGACCACAGCUUCAGAAUUAUUCCGACGACGAUUGCAGCGCAUUGACGAGCAAACGAUCAAGCUUCAAAAUUUAAGCAAACACCCUACAUUACGUAACAACACAUCAAUACUACAUAGUCGACUACCACACCAAGGUCGACGCACACCGAAAACAUUCAGAACACAUCGCCGAUGACAAACUCCAACCACCACAUCGACGCCCGAGACUUGUCCUCUCGCCUGAAUUGCAUCGCGCAAAACGACACCUCAACCAUCCAUGACUCAACACAUGACACCAACACCAUGUCUGGAAACCGAAGAGUCACUCGAGCCACCUCCUUCGACUCGCUGCCUCGCUUCAAAAAGUCGUCAACCAUGUCCUCGACCUCAACUGGCUCUACUCAAUUCUCGGGCUUGCACUCCUACCCCAGCCGCGCACUGCAUCGCAAGGACGUUGAAGUUAGCCCCGGCGAGUUCAGCAUGCCGCGCGUACCGAAGAGGAGCCGCAGAGGUACGGCCAGCAGUCAAAAGAGCAGCAAAAGUGAGGGAAAGAAGAAGAGCAACAGUUUCGAAGCCCACGCCUACGGCAGGCACAGCAACCAGUGGCUGUUCAACGACUUCAGUAUCACUGAUGCCGUUAAGAAGGGAUACGGAAAGGUCUUUGGCAGGGACAACUAAGCUUGAGGAAGGAUUCUGUCGUAUCACAAUUCACAUUACGGUCAAAGGACCCAGCAGGGCACAUGGAGAGGGAAUCUAUCUACACGAACAAUACAAUCGUUUACACCACCA